AUGGGCGAGGCAGAGGAGCUAGCCUGCUGGGACAUACAGCCUCUCAUCACAUCAUCUGCCCUGUGCACAGAGGAUGAUGAUGCUAUCCUAUUUGCUACACAUACGUUUGGUACUGAUAUUAAUUCAUUUUCCAUGGUGCCUUUUAGAAAAAUGGUUGUUAGUAUUCAACACCAAGAUAACUCUACACUUCAGCCCUGUGUCCAACACCAAGAAAAGCCCAAGGCUGAACUUCAAACUAAAUUACAAAGGCGCAUUGAUGUCCCUCUCCUGACUCCUUGGCUUGCACCCAUUGUUUGGGAUGGAACCUUUGAUGAGGACAUCCUGAAUGAGCUGUUCCGGAGCAGGAAUAUCACCAUUGGAUUGACAGUAUUUGCAAUCAAAAAGUAUGUGACCUUCCUGAAGCUGUUUCUCGAAACUGCAGAGAAGUAUUUCAUGGUGGGAUACAAAGUGAAUUACUAUGUGUUCACUGAUCGGCCAGCUGACAUUCCAAAAAUUCCCCUCCAAGAACGAAGGAAGGUCAUUACAUUGGUGGUCCAGCACUAUGCCCGGUGGCAAGAUAUCUCUAUGCACCGGAUGGAGAUGAUUAGCAAUUUUUCUCGGCAGCACUUCUUCCAGGAGGUAGACUACCUCAUCUGUAUGGAUGUAGACAUGAAGUUUAGCAAUCACCUCGGGGUAGAGAUCCUUUCCAGCUUGUUUGGCACUCUUCACCCUGGCUUCUAUGGAGCUCAACGGGAGGCCUUCACCUAUGAACGUAGGCCUCAAUCCCAAGCCUACAUUCCCAGGGGCAAGGGUGAUUUUUACUAUGCUGGGGGCUUUUUUGGGGGCAAAGUACAACAGGUCUAUGAAAUGACCAAGGCUUGUCAUGAAGCUAUGUUGAUAGACAAGAGCAAUAACAUCGAGGCAGUGUGGCAUGACGAGAGCCAUUUAAAUAAAUACCUAUUUCUUCACAAACCCACCAAAGUCCUUUCCCCAGAAUAUCUGUGGGAUGAGCAACUGCUAGGGCGGCCAGCCUUUCUCAGGAAAAUGAGGUAUGUGGCGGUGCCAAAAAACCACGCUGAGAUUCGGAACAAAUGA